GGUAUGGUACAUACCUACUAACAAGUAUGAGCUAUGAGGUGUAAUAACUUAUAAGAACUUUGGAAGUAGGUAACCUGACGAAAACUCGAUGCCGUAGCAUGCUUCUCCAAGGACGAAAAUAAACGGCCUCGACGCUGUGCUGUUGUAUUAUUGCCCAAGCCACAACCUCUCAAUCUCACUUUCAAAUUGAGAAAAUACCGAGAGAGUCGAAGUCGGAAGGGAGAGGGGCCUUUUUUCUAUAAAUUCUUUUUUUUUCUAUCUCUCAUUGGAUCUUUUGAUCUUUUUGUAUCGACUAGAUACCAAAUGAGACGAAAGUACAACGGUCGCAACCGACUGUCGCAAAGAAGGAUGGCUAGACGAGACAGCGCGGGAAAUGCAAGUCAGCCUGCCUUGCAGGUCAUCGUGCUGGGUUCGGGCGGUGGACCCCAGGAACAUAAUGUUACCGCUUUUCUCGUAAGGUCAGUCAGAUCUGGCUGGACUAGAGGCUCAGUGAUCGCUCUCGAUGCUGGUGUCCAUAUGUCUGCCAUAGCUAGGAUACUGGAGGAGACACAACCACCAGGACUCGGUACCGAAAUUGCGUUACCGCAUAUCUUGAAGUCAGGUCCCUUUGCCGGAAUGGAAGUUUCUUCAGCAUCCGCGUCAGCAAAUGCAGCGUAUAUGACAAGACAUCUUAUUGACGCCUACCUCAUUACUCAUCCCCAUCUUGAUCAUAUUAGCGGGUUUGUUAUCAAUACCGCAGGACUACCAGGAACACGGCCAAAACGGAUCGCCGGAUUGCCCUCUACCAUCUCGGCAUUUAAGACCCAUAUCUUCAAUAACAUUAUUUGGCCAAACUUAUCUGACGAGAAUAAUGGUGCCGGACUCGUAACAUAUACACGCCUUGUCGAGGGAGGCAGUCCUGCUAUUGGGGAAGGUGAGGGCAGAGGAUACCUAGAGGUUAGCGAUGACCUCACGGUCAAAAUCUUCAGCGUCAGCCACGGACAUUGCAUGGAGAGGCACGCUCAUCGAGGCUCCACGUCGUCCUCUCGCUUUGGUAGCGUGGAUGCGCCUUCUCUCAUAUCCCCUAGACCUCAAGUGAACAAUGCUGCUUCAGGAGCGUCGUCGUUCUUCAGACCGACAGCCCCUGGCCAUUCGUUAUCGGGACAGGAACGGGAUUCCGUGUGUGUCUAUGACUCAAGUGCGUACUUCAUCCGGGACGCUGUUAGUGGUCGUGAAAUCUUGAUGUUUGGCGAUGUGGAGCCUGAUAGCCUCUCUUUAUCGCCAAGGAAUCAUGGGGUCUGGCUAGAAGCGGCCCCGAGAAUAGCAAAUGGCAAUCUCGCAGCAAUCUUCAUCGAAUGCUCCUACGAUGACAGCCGGACCGAUGACCGACUUUUCGGUCACCUCACGCCGCGCUACAUCAUCCAAGAGCUCAAAGUACUCGCCGCAGAAGUCGAGAUGCAUCGCCAGUCCCCAGUCAAACUUGAGCCGACUAAGAAACGCAAAAGAGAGCUGGGAGAAACAACUAGGAGAGCGAACCGAGCCAUAGCUAGAUCUGGUGGAGACGAUGGGCCGGUGUCACCAAAGUCGACACGCCCUCAGAGGAACUCAGGUUCACCGUCGGUGCCGAGUGACUACGGCUUCAACACCCCACGUAUCACAACCCCGACCGCCGAAAUGAGUCUGAGGGAUUUUGAGCCCAAUGCCAGCCCAUCUCUAGCCCCACAACAUAUACCCAACCUUCUAAAGGGGCUCAAGGUGGUUAUUAUCCACGUCAAGGAAGAUUUUAGUGAAGGCGUAUCACCAGGAGAGACGAUUUUACACGAAUUACUAGAACAUGAAAAGGAAAUGGAAUUGGGCUGCGAGUUUAUUGUAUCAAAGGCGGGACAAAGUCUUAUAUUUUGAUUUUUAUGGCAUAUAAGGGUGUGAAAGGGGGGGAAAGGGCGGGGGGGCGAGAGGUGUUGUGGUCAAUAUAGCACAACGGCAAUAUGGCGUGCGGGGUGGGCGGGUGU